AUGAUCCAGGUUCCGGACAGACAGUGUGUGACGGCACCAUGUGGGGAUCGAUCACGGUCCUACAUACAUCUGAAGUCUACAACCAACAUUGGUUACACAAAACAAAUCAUGCAAAAUCUCCAUAUUAUGGAGGAACAGACAGAGGAGUGGAUUAAAUCCAGUCCAGAGUUCUGCCUCCUCUCAUCCAUCUCAGAGGAACUGCAGGAUUUGGAACCACAAACAUUCCAGACCAUCGAGGAGGAAGUGACAUCACUCGAUCCGACCCGAUCAGGAAACAUCCGUCAGUCAGAACUGACAUAUCUCUUCCUCAAACUGAAACUCCCUCUGAAGCUCACCACACUGGCCUGUAUGUUCAAAACCUUCAGUGACGCCACCGACCCAGAGCAGGUGCACUAUGAUGACUUGCUGCAGUUCAUGCAGAAAGCUAUACAAGAAGAGAAACAGCAAAGUGUUCAGGCAGAGAUCUGGGAUGCGUCAGUGUCCAGUACUGACCUGGAAUCAGUGAGCGACAGGAGCGAUGUGAAUGCAGAACAAAGAGAAACAUGGUUUCAGAGGUUCCAGAAGAUGGAGAUGGCCUUACAGAUGUGUGACACCAAAAACACAGGUUAUGUGGAUAGAGACCAAGCCAAACGCCUGAUACAAAACUACAGCCUCAUCUUUGAUCUGAAUCUGAGUCCGCAUAAGGUCAGCGAGGUCACGCGUAACACUCAGCAAGAGGGCAAAGUUCACCUUGCAUCAGCUCUGCGGCAACUGAAGGAACUACACACUGCUUAA